GUGCAAGCUUUUCUGUAAUAAUCAACGUGGAAACACCUGAUAAUGUAUUGUCUUCGUCAUAUUCUGAUUAAUCGAUUUAUAAGGUAUCAUAUCUAAGUGACAGUUAACCGCGCUAAAUUAUCAAGUUUCGUUGUAUAUCUCAACUUCCUCUGUUUUUUCAAAUUGUAGUAUAUUAAUACUGUUUUUUCUUUUUUUAUAAAGUGAAUACUAAUUUAUCCAAAGUUAGAAACCUUUUAUGUUGUGAUUAUAUUAGUGGAACUAUGGUAAAAAUGCAAGUGUUUUUGAUAAAUGUGGGUUACAUAUUUAAGUGAUGGUUAUUCGUGCCAAAUUAUAAAGCUUCUUCGUGUUUAUCUUCCUGUGUUAUUUUAACUUCCCGCAAUAUUUCAAAUAUUAAUGAGAAAAAGUUGUUUAUUUUUUGUAAGUGAAUAGAUAUAGGAAAAUAUGUGAAAAAUAUGUUUAGUGAUUAUGUUGGUGUUAAAGCUUAACUGUGAUUAAAACCGAAAGUGUUGUGAAUUAACUUUAACGGACUUGGCAGUAAGCCUUCCCACCUUAUCAUUAAAAUAUUGACGAAUAUCAAACAGAUGUCUUUGGUCUAAACAAUUAGAGUGACGAAUUGUACAAAACGAAAUAGCAGUAACGAAAAAUUGUGGCUUUUUCACAUACACAUGAUCACGCAACAACUCAAUUACGGAAAUUAUUUUUAUAAAAAAAAAAUACAAAAUCAACAAGAAAUCAUAAAAAAGUGAACACAGCUCCUGAGUCAUACAUUUUAUUGACUAUAUUGUAAACAUCAAUCGCAUGGCCAGUGCGGACGAGAUUGUAUGUAAUGGGCACGUAAUAACGUUGCCCACGCUAGAGGUUGUCAAAGCUGUUCCCAUCAUGGCGGCGGGCACAAACAUCGAUUGGUUGCUCCAUCUCUACUACGCACGGCGUGAUUUUAUGCGUUGUCGCAUAAUAAUCGAGCGUGAACUGCAUAGGAGCCUCAAUCCGGAAUACAUGUAUUUCGUGAAGGGCUUAAUUGACCGUGAAGAGGGUAACAACAUAGAAGCGUUGCGAAAUUUACAAAAGGCACUCGACUUAAAUUGCAAGAAUAUUGAAACCUACAAGGAGAUUGGCAAAACACUCUUCAUUAUGGGUCGUUUCAAUCAGGCGUUGGAUAUUUUUCGCGAAGCCGAAGAGCUCUCCCCACGUCAGGACCAUGAAAUUUGUCAUUUCAUCGGUGAAUUAUUGCAUCGUUCAGCGGCCGCUGCCAAUCAAUUAACAAUUGCACGUCAGGAGGAAGCCGAGGCGAAAUUGUACUUUGAAAAGGCCGUGCAGGCCGGCAAAAAUUUGGAGAGUUUCCAACGGCUUGCAGAAAUACUGCGCAAAGAAAAGAACUAUACCAGGGCGAUCGAGGUGCUCGAGAACUGUCUGCUUUUAUCACCCGAAAACAUAGAAGUGCUCACCGAGAUCGGUGUGCUUUAUUUGAAAAUCAAUGAUAGCCAAAAGGCUUUCGCGCGCCUCUCUGAAGUUAUCGCCUUGGAUAGGAAGUGUCCGAAAGGUUUAUUGGCUUAUGGUGCCAUAUUGCAGUCCCGCAACGAUGUCGACGGCGCCUUGGAAAAAUAUCAAGAAAUCGCUUUGACAGAACCGGACAUACCAGAAUUGUGGAAUAACAUUGGAUUGUGCUUUUUCAAAAAGAAGCAACAAAAAGUGAUUGCGGCGAUUUCUUCACUGCGCAAGUCCAUCUGGCUUUCACCGCUUAAUUAUAAUGCUCUCUAUAAUUUGAGUUUAGUUUACAUAACUGCACAACAAUACGCAAGUGCCUUUCACACACUCGCCGCGGCCAUCAACUUGCGCAAGGAUAGCGCUGAAUGCUACAUGCUGCUCGGAAUAUGUUUACGUAAGUUAGAGGAUACCGAGAAUGCGUUCAAGGCAUUUCAGCGGUCGAGUGAUAUACAACAACAACAACAACUGGAUGCCGGACGUAAUCCACUUGUACAUUUGAACUUUGCGCUCUUUUGUUACGAGACCGGACGCGUUGCGCUUGCCACGGAACAAUUUACACGCUUCGUUAGCUCCUCGCAGGAUCUCCUCCUACCGACCGAAUAUAAAUUCCAUGCGACUAAAUUGAAAUCGCUUCUCAAAAUUCCAACAAGUAACAUUUUGACAUCAACACCAACGGGACCUGCGAGUGAUGCCAAUGCUGAAAACGACGGCCAACAUAUUGGCAUCAGCAACAGCAACGACAGCAGCGGCGGCGGUAUGAGCAACACUAGCAUAGAUGACAUCUAUGGAAUUUAUGGUGUGAAACGUCAAGCAACCGGGAGUAAGCAGGAAUUGCACAACACUAAGGCGAGAGCACUGGCAACAGCUGCGCUGGCGGCUGCGACCACUACGUCAUCCGCAGAAAUGCCGCUUGAGGUGAACGCUGUGGUCAAUGCCUGACAUGAGCAUGAGUGACGCGUUGGCCGCAGCGAACUGCUACCACAACAAUCACCAAACAAAGUAUAUCCUAACACUAGCAGCCACAUUUAUAACAAAAGCAAUAGUACGAAUGUCAACGACAGUGAGCAGUUUGAGCGGAGCACGCGAAGCAAUUGUGGUGAGGAUGCUGACAAUGAUGGCGCAGACAAUGCGGUGACACGUUGUGAUGAAAGUAAAAAGACCACAAUCUUGACCCAGAGCAAUAGCGAUGACAGUGUGGACAGCUGGUAUCGGCAUUGUGGCUGUUUGCCGCGCACAACUUGGCCAACAUGAGUAAGACGACUUCAGUGGAUGCGAUACUUCUAGGAAUGCUGCAAACCACAUAAAAUAAAAAUUAUACAGAAAACAGGAACUUUGUGUAAUAAAAGGAAUAAAAUAUAUAACAACAUACAUAAAUAAAGGAUAGACACUAGUGGUCAGUUAAAA